CUCAUCAUAAUCACGGCAGCACCCACCUUUAGGCCGCCACAUUACAGCUAACAAAUCGUAGUUAUUUUUGUUUGGAUAAAGUCUCUUCGAGCUUGUUUGGAAAUUUCAAAUGCCUGGUGCUAUUUGUGGGAUUGACCCUCCUUUCUGCCUCCUCCUCCUCCUCCUUCUCCUUCUCCUCCUCCUCCUCCGGUGUGUUCUUUCUCUAUGGGUCCUCUAGUCACCUGACCAAACUCCAUGCAAAUCACUCUGCUGCUACAGCCUCAUUGGCCGCUUGUGGCUCAUUUAACCGCUGUCAGUGCGCAUCACAUGGCCGCCGCUUUAACUAACUUCUCAACUCCGACAGGGAAAGUGGCUCCAAAGCGCAUUCUAUCACAGUGGAUGUGAAGACAGGCUGAAACACUGGUUGGAGAACAUUUCAUUCCCUCUUUUCGGAUUAAUUUUCAUCUCGUGUUUGACUCAUUUGGGGUUAGAAUAUUAAUUUUGAAAAGCCAGUCGUCCUGUGCGCACUCGCUUCUGUGUGCGCCUGAGCUAUCUGCAAAAAAGACUUUUUUCUCUGUUGGUGGCGAACUUUAAAAACCGGGUUAAUGUAUAGCAUGAUGAUGGAAACUGACCUCCAUUCCCCUGGCCCCCAAACGAACACUACCACGGGGCAAACGGGUCCGAACAGCGGGUCCAAAGCGAACCAGGAACGGGUGAAGAGACCGAUGAACGCGUUCAUGGUUUGGUCCCGCGGGCAGCGGAGGAAGAUGGCACAGGAGAACCCCAAAAUGCACAACUCUGAGAUCAGCAAGCGGCUGGGCGCCGAGUGGAAGGUGAUGUCCGAGGCUGAGAAGCGCCCUUUCAUCGACGAGGCGAAACGGUUGCGCGCCAUGCACAUGAAGGAGCAUCCGGAUUACAAGUACCGGCCCAGACGGAAGACCAAGACGCUGCUGAAAAAGGACAAAUAUUCUCUUGCCGGCGGACUGCUUUCUGGGCCCAGUGGGGGCGGUGGAGUUGGUUUAGGGGUCGGAAUGAGUUCAUCGGGGGUCGGGCAGAGGUUAGAGAGCCCCGGGGGUCACGGAGGCUCCAGCUCCGGCUACUCGCACAUGAACGGCUGCAACGGUGGGUACUCGGGACAGGUGGCUGCUGCCGCGGCGGCCGCAGCGAUGAUGCAGGAGGCGCAGCUCGCCUACAGCCAGCACCCGGGCAGCGGGGCGCACCACCACCACCACUCACACCACCACCACUCACACAACCCGCAGCCUAUGCACCGCUACGACAUGACGGCGCUGCAGUACAGCCCCAUCUCGAACUCUCAGAGCUACAUGAACGCUUCUCCAUCCGGUUACGGCGGGAUCACCUACACGCAGCACCAGGGCUCCGGCGUCUCCUCCUCGGCUGCCAUGGGGACGUUAGGGUCGCUGGUGAAGUCGGAGCCCGAGUAUUUCUCCGUUGUUGGAAUAACAUCUGCACUGGAACUUUUUGACAAGAGUCUCCAACAGAAAACCGUCCACCACGGCCGACACCGGUGGACAUGGAUCCCCGUGGGGGACCGUGUGAUUAACAGAUAGCAGCUCAUCUCCUCUGCUGGCAGGCCAUCAUUACCAACGAGCACUAGAAGACAGGUGAUGUGGGCGAAAAAGACCUUUUGGAAAAUGUCAGCGACAGUCAGAGCCCCAAAUCUCCUCCAUUUACUCUUUCCCGUGUGAUGCUACCUACUCUAAACCCCUUCAUUACGCAAUCUCUUUCUCCCCAUUGAGUAAUGUUUUGUAUCUAAGUACAGUGUCUGAUUUCAGAGUAUGUGGAGAUUUUAGUUUGUCCUAUGAUCGGAUAUAAAAAAAGGAAAAAAAAAGGAAAACAUAGCCCUGUAUCUCAUCAAUAUAAGCAGAGACAAACACAAACAGAAAAGAAAAAAUAGAAAAAGGAAAACAGCAGUGUCGGCAACAGCUCCCCUUUCCCUUUUUCUUCCUUUCACUGGAGCCAGAUUCACUGUCUUAAUACUCUUAGUCCCCUCAGUUGGCAUGUUUUCCAAGAACCCGCUGCAUUUUCAGAUUUGUAAAAUCCGUCAAAAUGCCUGUAAUGAAUAUUUCUACAGCCCUGAGUGUAUUUAAUGUGAUGUGUGACCGGCUCAAUAAGCAACAUGAACUGAUCUGGAACUAGAAAUGGAGAUCUGCAAAUGUUUUUUGUUGUGUGUUUCUGUUUAGACAAGAGUGUCAGUGUGGAAAACAGUUCUUUCUGAUUUUUAACACAAACAUUUAUUCAGCUUUGUUCUCUUAAAGAUAUUCCUUGUGCAUGAAACUUCACGUCAUGUAUAUUUUGUGUUUUGAUUUUUUUUUUUUUUUUUUAAAAAAGGAUCUAUGAGUAAAAAAAAAUCUGAUUUGCUUAACUGUCAUCUUGGGAGUUUUUAAAUGUAACUCAGCACCUGCGACUUUUUUUUUUCCUGUUGUCUUAGAUUUUACUUGCAAAAAAAAAGAAAAGAGAAAACUAUUAAAUAAACUCCUGCAUCUUACUGCUGCUUAAGAAUAAAACAUUUCCCUUUUCUGUCUUUUUUCUCCCCUCCCCCCCAAACAUUCAAUCUUACAAGGUAAAUUAAUAUUUCAAAGAGAU